UGCGCACUCGAAAGUUCAUUGCGUCUUCUUGUAAACUCGCGUGUGGUGUCUUCAAAAACCUCAAGCAACGAAUUAUAUUUAUAUGCGGGGAAAGAUUCUAUCUCGAUAUCACACCAUGCUCAGAUGAAUUAACGGGUGGAGGUCUUUAGUUUUGACCUGUCAUCUUCUGGAAAUACAGCAUUAUGUCCCAGAAUAAACAUGGAGAGAAACGAAGGUUUUCCAAAUGGUUGGACUAUGGCAGUGUAAAUGGGGAAGGACAGUCAGAUCCAUGCCCUACCUGCCAGGGCACAGGACGCAUCCCGAGAGGUCAGGAGAACCAACUUGUGGCAGUCAUUCCUUGCAGCGACCAAAGGCUGAAACCUCACCACACGAAACUCUAUGUGUCUAUAGCAGUGGGGCUAUGCCUCCUGACCUGCUCACUGAUCCUGUUUUUCCUCUUCCCACGGAGUAUGGAUAUGUCAGCUGUGGAACUUGAGUCAUCUAUGGUCUAUUUCACUCCAGAUAAAGUUAUAAUAGUGCUCACACACGAAAUGAACCUCACCAACCAAAACUUUGUCGGAAUCACCGCUGACAAUCUUAGUGUGCAAGCAUUGAUUUUUGAGACUGUGGUUGGUAAUACCAAGUUGCUCAAUGUCACCAACCUUCCUCCUCGAUCACAGAAAACGAUUAAAGUUAUAGCCAACAUUGUAAUUGAUGACCAAGGCCUCAAUAAUUAUUGCAAGUCACAUGCCUUUCAGAUCCACACUUUAUUCGUGCAUUUGCAAUUGAAUAUCAAAGUCUCCUACCUGUCUCAUUCAGAGGAGGUGUCUACAGAUGCCUUUGAGUAUAUUGACUGUGGUGUGAAUUCCACUAUGCCUCGUCACUACCCUCCACGAGACUAAACCAUUGCCAAUGAAUGGCCAUGAAUGCUGAUGUAAUAGAAAUCAAAGUAGGCUGCUUUAAAAAGGAUUACUAUUUUAUGCCAUAAUUUACUACAGUCCAUUUAAAUAGGAGUAGACUAUGAUGACAGUAAUGUAUGCUGCAAUACAAGUAUCACUGGAAUAAUUAAUGAAUGUGUUCUGUUAACUUAGACACUCUUCUUUCCUGUUGAUUUGUUAGUAUGCACAUGAACACGUUUUAAAAUUUGCACACCACAAUUUUGCACAUUAAAUAGAAAUUUUUGAAUUUUUGAGCAAAUUCUGCAAAAAAUCUAAUCAGAACUGUUAAAUACCCAAUUCUGUUUUUAUUAGGAUUAUGAAAGAACACUUGAAGUCUGGUUUCCUGUAAAAUACAUAUAGUACAUAAUAUGUGGAGUUGGUGCUGUCCAGUAGUCUUGUCUUCAUCUUCACCAUUGCUGGGAAUAUUGGAGGGACUAGAGCAAAUCAAGCACACGUCUUAUGUAGAUGCGUCUUUAUUCUUCCUUAUAAGUUCUUUAAAUAAUCGCUGUGGUAUACACAGGGCCUGGAUGCACAAAUUGUCUAUACUUAAUGUAAAGUUUAAAUGUUUUAAAGAGAUAAUGUCCAACCCCUGGAUCUGUUAAAUGUUACAGUUACAGAAACAGGUUAAGCAAGUUUGUGAUCUCUCUAAAAGAAAUGUACUCACUGUGUAUCUUUUCAUCUUGGCAUGACACUUGCAGCCACAUUGCUUGUCAACCUCUGAAGAAAACAAAUGUUUACACGGACUGAGUGAAGAUUUCAUGUAUGUUGUAUGUUGUUAAUUUGGUAUUUUUGAUCAUUAAAAUAUAAUUCAGUCACAUCUAAA